ACCGAGGAGACAAGAUGGCGCUGCGGGCGAUGCGGGGGAUCGUAAACGGGGCCGCACCCGAGCUUCGCGUGUCCCCUAGUGGGCCCGUGGUGGGCGCUCGGGAGCAGGCGCUGGCAGUUAGCCGGAACUACCUCUCCCAGCCUCGCCUCACGUACAAGACAGUGUCAGGAGUCAAUGGCCCACUGGUGAUCUUAGAUCAAGUUAAGUUUCCCAGAUAUGCUGAGAUUGUCCAUUUGACAUUACCAGAUGGCACAAAGAGAAGUGGGCAGGUGCUAGAAGUCAGUGGUUCUAAAGCAGUGGUUCAGGUGUUUGAAGGUACCUCAGGUAUAGAUGCCAAGAAAACGUCCUGUGAAUUUACUGGAGAUAUUCUCCGAACACCAGUGUCUGAGGAUAUGCUUGGCCGGGUAUUCAACGGAUCCGGAAAGCCCAUUGACAGAGGCCCGGUUGUGCUGGCUGAAGACUUCCUUGACAUCAUGGGUCAGCCAAUCAACCCUCAGUGUCGGAUCUACCCUGAGGAGAUGAUUCAGACUGGGAUUUCAGCCAUUGAUGGCAUGAACAGCAUUGCCAGGGGACAGAAAAUUCCCAUCUUUUCUGCUGCUGGCUUACCACACAAUGAGAUUGCAGCUCAAAUCUGUCGGCAAGCUGGUUUGGUAAAGAAAUCCAAAGAUGUAGUAGACUACAGUGAAGAAAACUUUGCAAUUGUAUUUGCUGCUAUGGGUGUAAACAUGGAAACUGCCCGGUUCUUCAAGUCUGACUUUGAAGAAAAUGGCUCAAUGGACAAUGUCUGCCUCUUUUUGAACUUGGCUAAUGACCCAACCAUUGAGCGAAUCAUUACUCCUCGCCUGGCUCUAACCACAGCCGAGUUCCUUGCCUACCAAUGUGAGAAGCACGUGCUGGUCAUCCUCACAGACAUGAGUUCAUACGCUGAAGCACUUCGAGAGGUUUCAGCCGCCAGAGAAGAAGUGCCUGGGCGACGCGGUUUCCCAGGUUACAUGUACACAGACUUGGCCACAAUCUAUGAGCGGGCUGGCCGAGUAGAAGGCAGAAAUGGCUCAAUCACUCAGAUCCCAAUUCUCACCAUGCCGAAUGACGAUAUCACUCACCCCAUCCCUGACUUGACUGGAUAUAUUACGGAGGGGCAGAUUUACGUGGACAGACAGCUGCAUAACAGACAGAUUUACCCACCUAUUAAUGUGCUCCCCUCAUUGUCACGGUUAAUGAAGUCUGCUAUUGGAGAAGGUAUGACCAGGAAGGAUCAUGCUGACGUGUCUAACCAGCUGUACGCCUGCUAUGCCAUUGGGAAGGACGUACAAGCCAUGAAAGCCGUCGUUGGAGAAGAAGCCCUUACCUCAGACGAUCUUCUUUACUUGGAAUUUCUGCAAAAGUUUGAGAGGAACUUUAUUGCUCAGGGUCCUUAUGAAAACCGUACUGUCUAUGAAACUUUGGACAUUGGCUGGCAACUGCUCCGAAUCUUCCCCAAAGAAAUGCUGAAGAGAAUCCCUCAGAGCACCCUGAGCGAGUUCUACCCGCGAGACUCGGCAAAGCAUUAGCCGCUGCUUCACCACUGGCUCUGUGUGCUUGUGAAAUACCGGUGGUUCUGUUUUCUUUGUUCCUUUUGCACUCCCUCAUCCCCACCUCUUUGUUGGAGUUUAUCGUGUUACCCUGUAAUUAAAAACAAAGAAUAGGUACCAUAUUGUGCCAGUGUUCCAAUGUGUUAAACUGGUAACAGACGUUAAAAUAUCCCCUAUUCAGAAAGCCUGGGUUUCAGUGCUUUGUUUAAAAUAACUGCAAGGCCGGAGGUAAAGUUUAUCAAUGUGCUUAUUUAUAUAGAGAGAUGCAGUUAUUCGCCUAAUAAUCUCCUCGACCUGGCCUCAGCCUGCUCAAGAGCAUCCCUGUCUGGCAUCACAAUGCCUUGGCCUCCAGAUAGGGCCAGGGUCAGGGCCGAAAGGAUCCUCUUUCAGGAAGAGCUUCCAGGCUCUUCCCUGAGCGAUUGCUCUGGAUUGUGGUGGCCGCUCCUGGUCUGUGCUGCUGCUCUAAGGUGGCUACGGUCCACAUGCUCCCUCCUUAAUGAAGCAUGAGCGAAGCAAGCUUUGUUCUUUUGAUUUCAGUGUGUGUCAAGCUGGGGCUCUUGUGGCUGACACGUGGCCCUCUCAGGAACACAGAAUCACACAGCCUUUGCACAGCUGGCAUGUCAGGUGGGAGAUGGCUCGUGUGGUGAGCCUGAUGACUUUCCAUGCAGAAGAAUCACAAUUAAAACCACGUAUGGAACUGGUGUCUUGGAAGAGUUGGGGUGGAAUAAAAAGAAAGCGAGACAUAGUCCCAUUCCAUGUUCUGACUCGCUAACCGUGGUCGAAGUGUCUGAAAUGUUCAUCUGAUGCAGAAAGCCAAGUGGGAGGAGAAAGGUGACUGCACUUAAUGGAUAUUUUAAACUCUGUUAGAGAACAGCCUUUGGACAUUCCCCCUCUCUAUUCCUGCUUUCUGGCCUUUUCAGGGUAACCUUGUGACCCAAGUGAUAGCAUUUAAAAUCUGUAGACAUGUAAUUCCUGCUCCUCCCUCCUGUCAGCCUGAAGCGGUCUUCUGUGCAGCUCUGCCUUGUCUACUGUGUGUUCUCUGGUACUUGGGUGCAAUACAACUUCUCUACUCUGCAUUCCGUCUUCUAAGUUGUGUACGUUCUUCACUUUUGCUCUGAGGGGGUGGGGGGGUCAGCAUGGUUAUAUUUUAAUGUAGAAAAUGUGACAUCUGGAUACAAAAUGAAAAUAAAUGUUAAAUUAAAUGGAAGUUA